AUGAUGCAAUCCACGUUUCGCCUACUCCGAAGAGCAAGCAGAAAUCUUGGAGUGGUAGCCGCCAAUGUGGAUACAAAAUAUGCCUUCAACUCUUUUCGGUAUGGGCAGCAAACUGGCUCAAAACAAUUUAAAUUCUUAUCGAAUGAAUCUACGUCCGAUAGAAGUAGCUCGUAUGCGGUCAUUGAUCACUCAGAAGCAUACGAAACUGCGAUGCAAGGAAAGCAUGGGGAUCAGCUAGCUUUGGCAAGGCUAGAAGGCCAAGGAAAAGAUGACCCUCCUUUCGACCCCUUUGCCGAAUUCGAUCACGAGGCUGGGGAUUGGGAUACAGCAAAUGUAGAUGGAGUGGAUAAAGACCUUGAAAAUUUUGAUGAUGAAGAAGAUGAGUAUGGCGACGAGGACGAAAUCAUUGAUCGCUAUAACGCAGAUGGAUCAGUGCGAAGAAGCAAAUCUGUUUUGGCUACCCUCCGUGCUGGUUUUCCGGCAGGUGGACAUUUUGCUGUGGUCAGGUUUGGUGGGGCUCAACACAAGGUCACAACUGACGAUUUGAUUGUAGUGAAUCGGUUGAAGCCUGUUGAAAAAUACAAUAUUGGAUCUGUCCACACACUGACAGACGUGAUGCUUGCUGGGUCCUCGCACACCACACUUGUUGGAAUGCCAUUUGUCAAGGGCGCUGAAGUUGAUGUCAUGGUGGAAGAAAUCACUAGGGAUGGAAAGCUUGUUGUGUUCAAGAAACGCCGGAGAAAGAAUUCACAAAGAAAAAAUGGAUUUCGACGAGACGUUACUCUUUUGCGGGUUUUGGAUGUGCGAUUCCCCCAAGAGCAUAGAGAUCACAACCAUGUUGGACGAGAACUUGUUGACGAGCUAGAAGAAGCAGCACUGUUGCAACAAGAGGGCUCAAAGCAGCAGAAGACAGCAGCAUGA